GGUCGAGAGGGCGCGGCUUGUUUCAGACGCAAACCGUCCGGCCAACGACGACGAUCAUGUCGCCGAGGUUCAUCCGAGUUGGGACUAUCUGCCUGCUGCUUCUUGCCGCAUCGGCGAGGGCACAGGACGACGAAGGUGGCGAGGGACUCGACGCCAAUGCCGAGGAGCUCUGCCAAGACAGGCCCGGAGAUGAAUAUUUCCGCCUGAGCACCGACGGCGACUGCCGAGAUGUCGUCAGGUGUGACAAAGCAAGUGAGAUCGGAGUCGUGAGGCUUGCCACGGUCAAGUGCCCCACAGGAUUGGCCUUUGACAUCGAGCGUCAGACUUGCGAUUGGAAGACCAACGUGAAAAAUUGCGAGCAGCUGGAGAAGCCGCGCAAAGUGCUGCCCAUUCUAAAAACCGACGAGCCUGUCUGCCCCGAAGGGAAACUUUCUUGUGGUAACGGCGAGUGCGUCGACAAGGAACUAUUCUGUAACGGCAAGCCCGACUGCAAGGACGAGUCCGAUGAAAAUGCCUGCACUGUGGAGUCCGACCCGAACCGCGCACCCGACUGCGACCCAACGCAAUGCGUGUUGCCCGACUGUCAUUGCUCGGCCGAUGGCACCCGUAUCCCAGGCGGUUUAGAGCCGGCACAAGUACCCCAAAUGAUCACCAUCACCUUCAAUGGAGCCGUCAACGUUGACAAUAUCGAUCUGUACGAAGAGAUCUUCAACGGGCAUCGUCUCAAUCCCAACGGCUGCCAGAUCAAAGGAACCUUCUUCGUCUCGCACAAGUAUACCAACUACUCGGCUGUACAGGAUCUGCACAGGAAGGGUCAUGAAAUAUCUGUGUUCUCGCUUACUCACAAGGAUGAUCCACAAUACUGGACUCUAGGUUCGUACGACGACUGGUUGGCCGAGAUGGCUGGUGCUCGUUUGAUCAUUGAACGCUUCGCCAACAUUACCGACAGUACAAUCGUGGGCGUUCGCGCUCCGUACCUGAGAGUCGGCGGUAACAAGCAAUUUGAAAUGAUGACCGAUCAGUUCUUCACCUACGACGCCUCCAUCACCGCGUCCCUCGGUCGCGUACCGAUCUGGCCAUACACACUUUACUUCCGCAUGCCACACAAGUGCAACGGUAACGCUGGCAAUUGUCCAUCGAGAUCCCAUCCAGUUUGGGAGAUGGUAAUGAACGAGUUGGACCGUCGUGACGAUCCAACUUUCGACGAAUCUCUGCCUGGUUGCCACAUGGUCGACUCGUGCUCGAACAUUCAGACUGGCGAACAAUUCGGCAGACUCCUCAGGCACAACUUCAAUCGCCACUUGAAUAGUAACCGUGCGCCACUUGGUCUUCACUUCCAUGCCUCUUGGCUCAAGAGUAAGAAGGAAUUCAAAGAGGAGCUUAUCAAGUUCAUCGAGGAAGUGCUUAGCCGCACUGACACUUAUUUCGUCACAAUGAGUCAGGUUCUGAAAUGGAUGCAAGAGCCAACGGAGAUCCCAUCUCUGCGUGACUUUGAUGCCUGGAAAGAGAAGUGUGACGAGAAAGGACAACCUUACUGUUCAUUGCCAAACGCUUGCCCGUUGACCACUCGCGAACUGCCCGGUGAGACGCUUCGUUUGUUCACCUGCAUGGAGUGUCCCAACAACUACCCAUGGCUGCUGGAUCCCACCGGUGACGGCUUUUCCGUUAGAAGGAGAAAAUGAGCUGUUGUUACGAAAUAAAACAACGAGCGCGAUGCAGUCCCGUUCGUCGGACGGCUAUUUAUGAUAACUGAUUUUUUUUUUUACGAGCCUCUGAAAUCUUUCGCUUAGCGAAACUCUCGGGCAUGUGUGUUGAAAGUGGCUGCCAAACUCGGCUUUCUUACCCGAGAUUAUGCCGUUUCUUUUAUGACUGUUUUAAAUAAUACGAGAUUAGUAGGUUUAAUUAAUCGAACGUG